AUACUGACAACACAUUCUGUUUCCGUUUUUCCUCGACAUCAUCCACUGGUUGUGGUUUUUUGGUCCAUGGGUGAUUACAAACCGUAGAGCAAGCUGUGCUUGUAGCUGCACUGAAUGGCCGGGGUCCUAUUUUAAAUGAUUCCUGUCUUGGUAAACCGGGCCCACUUCCAACAGAAACUGUGGUCAGUCCAGACAAAGGACGACUGGGACUUCUCCUUCUAGUCUGUGCAUCCUUCGGAAAUCUGGAAAGAGUUGUCCGUUGCCAUGGUUUGUAGUCACCAAAAUUCACGGCGAUUCUACCUUCUAAAGUCCUAAGAAGUGGAUCGUUCUUGAAUUGGUCCUUUGUAUUGAGUCUCUGAGCCGCUUGCUUACCCCAUCCGCGAGAGCUUGAAAGCGCAUUAUGCUCGUUUCUUUGAUGGUCGCUCAUUGUGUCGGUAGAACGAUGAGAGAAGAAACCGUCAUUUGUCGCCAUAUUGUUUACCUGUGUUACCGUCAUGCAAGAGGAAAGAGACAAUUCGUGCAUACGUAUUCGGCGUAUUGAGUGGAGAAAAGCGAAGAUGUCGCGUAAUGGGGGCGUCAGGGCUUUGGGGCUUGUAACCUUGUUUUCCUGUUUGCAAAUUGUUUUGGGAAGACCACCGCAUAUAGUCUUUAUUUUGGCAGAUGAUUAUGGUUUCAACGACGUCGGCUAUCAUAAUCCACGCAUAAAAACGCCAAAUCUUAACAAUUUAGCGGCUACAGGAGUGCGCCUGGAAAACUAUUACGUGCAGCCGAUUUGCACCCCAACUCGAAGUCAGUUGUUUUCCGGCAGAUAUCAAAUCCACACUGGCCUGCAACACGGAAUAAUCUGGCCUUCCCAAGCCAAUGCACUUCCCAAGAAUGAUACCACAAUUGCAAGUAAGCUUAAAGAAUAUGGCUACAGUACACACAUGGUUGGAAAGUGGCAUAUCGGUUUCUACAAGCGAGAGUUCAUUCCAACUCAGCGGGGAUUCGACUCGUUCUUUGGCUAUUUGACCGGCGGAGAAGAUUAUUAUUCACACAAGAAUAGCGUGGGGUAUCCAAGCAAGCAGUACGAGGAAUUAAAUGGGUAUGACUUGCGAAGAAAUGAAGACGUCGCAACUGAUGCUGCUGGGAAGUAUUCCACUUUCUUAUUCACUGACGAAGCAGUAAAGAUCAUUUCUUCCCACGAAGAAGACAAACCCUUGUUUCUGUUUGUAGCGUACCAAGCCGUUCAUUCACCGCUGGAGGUACCUGAACAGUACACCGAGCAGUACAAAGAUAUAAAGAACCAUGCUCGCCGAACGUAUGCAGGCAUGGUGACCUGCAUGGACGAAGGGAUUGGUAAUAUAACAAAAGCUUUAAAGGAUCAUGGCUUGUGGGAUGACACGGUACUAUUUUUCAGUACUGACAAUGGUGGACAGAUCUACGCAGGUGGCAAUAAUUGGCCUUUACGCGGCUGGAAAGGCUCGCUGUGGGAAGGCGGAGUGAGAGGGGUGGGUCUGGUUUAUAGCAAAUUGUUGUCAAAACCGGGGCAGAUAAACACAGAGAUGAUCCAUGUCACUGACUGGUACCCGACAAUUGUACACUUGUCAGGGGGCUCUGUUGAGGGCAUACCUCUUGAUGGCUAUAAUGUCUGGGAAACGUUGAGUAAUGGGAAACCAUCACCUAGAAAUGAGAUCUUGCAUAAUAUUGACCCAAUAGAUACCUACUGGGACUCUCGCAUUGAAUCUUAUCAGUACUGCCGACAAGCUGCUAUACGAGUCGGUGACUGGAAACUCUUGAAAGGUUGUCCAGGAGAUGGGAGCUGGAUUCCUCCUCCAGAGAGUUCCUAUUCUUUUGAGCAUGGAACAAAUUAUUUGGACAACAUCAACAGCACCUUCCUCUUCAACAUAAGAGAAGACCCUGAAGAGAGAAAUGAACUAUCUGAGGUAUUUCCAGAUAUGGUGUCCUUUUUGAUGAAGAAACUCAGUGAAUACAAUGCUACGGCUGUACCAGUACGUUACCCUGAUCCAGAUCCUGCAUCAAAACCAGAGCUGCAUGGAAAUAUUUGGACACCUUGGGAGCAAUAGAAAGGAAAUUGGACUAAAUUGAAUUGAUAAACAAAUACCUUUUACUACCUGAUUUCGAGGUCUGUACUGUAAGUUACGCACCAAGUUUUUUUCCACUUUGAUUUAUGGGCUAAGAGCAAAGGGCGAUCCAUAACUUACAGUACAUACAGAGCGUGAAGACGAGGUUAGUAAGAUUUUAUUAUAUCUCUGCUGCGUGUCUGACGGGUCAGGGAAGGAUUUUUAUUCAGGCGGAAUGGCUUUAAAUUUCUGAUCCAUAUUAAAAGCUAAACAUUGAAGUCAAUUUGAAGUUUUUAGCAUGUUUUAUUACACAAUUAAAAGUAAAAGAAAGCUUUAAACUUUUACUUGCUAUAAAAGUUAAGAACACCUGACAAAAAUUAAGAAACAUUUUGCAAACAAGCAGGCUGUAUAGUAGAAUACGAACUGCUAAACUGACCAAUCACAGCAUGCGUAGUAACUAAGAGAUAUAAUAAAACUUGAUAGAAAAUAGGGUCAGGUCCAGGGGGUUAAGAAACAGGGGCCUGUAGUAACAUUCAACACCCAAGGGGAGAGGGGUUGUGAGAUAAAAACACUUAUGUAAAUACUGUAGUAAGUUGCUGCUGUUAUUCUUGUAGAGGAUAACAAAAUUCUUUGUAUUGGGAAUUUUUUAUUACUUGUAGUGAGUGAAUGGUAGGCAUAUUUUGUAGUAUAAGGAUUACAUUUUUUUCCCCACUUUUUUCAAGGAGCUGGUCCAUACAGUUAAAAUGCAGUAAAAUUUUUAUUAAUAAUAAUUUUUUAAUGUAAUGCAAUAGGUUAAUGUUGUUAUGAACAUUUCCAAAUCUUCAAAAAUGUAAAAUGCUAUGUCUAAACGGGAAAGAUAGGUCAAUAAGAAGUGAUUAGGUAUUUCAAAGGGAGAAUUUUUUUGCCCAAAAUCAUUACUUUUUUUGGUUUUCUACAUGUUCCAGCAAUGUUGAUAAUAGAUUUUAGUGUAUAGAUCUUUUUCAUUUUCGUUUGAAAAUGUAACCUAUGUAGUGCAUAAAACCUCAAGUUGUUUGACAAGAUGUUUUGUUUACCCUGUGUAUUAACACUAUUUUUGUUUAACUGUGCUUAAUUAAACUUCUAUGGCCAAAGAACAAGUUCAUAGAAUUUGAACACUAA